AUGCUUCAAAAUAUUCAUACAGUGAUACUAUUAUUAUUAUUUCUUCCAUCACUAAAUAUUCAAUGUUUAAAUUAUAUUUUCCACAGGGCAAAUAUUCUAGAAAAAGCAGAAUAUUGGCAAAACAAUAUUAGCCCAUGUGAAAAUGACCAAAUUCAUUUCGAUGAAAGAGAAAUUACUGUAGCGUCAAUUGCCACUGGCCUACACUCGCAAAAAAUUGAUCUUCCAACUAAUGGGAUUUUAUUUUUCGGUAAUGGGGCUGAACUGGGAAAGCUCGGCAAUUGGCAGUGUAAGGAAAGACAAAAUGCAAAAGACGUAUAUUUCAAACAAAGUUUACCCCUGAGUUUCUAUAACGGAUCAAACUGGAUAGUGUCUAGAAACGGAAUUCAGUGGCGACCGGCAUUGCAUGUCCUUCAGAUACCAUCAUCUCAGGAUACUGCGAUAAUUCCAUCCGAGAGUGGUACACGAAUAUUGUUAGAAGAUUUUGUUACAGUUGGUGCAUUAAUACUGGCUGGUCAGGCAAGUUUCAAUUACUUGUUUUUCAAGUUUUGCUGUGUCUUUUUAGCAUGGCAACAUAUUAAAUUUUAA